UGGCGCUGUUCGAGGAAAGCCUUUGCAGCAGUAUGACGUCAUGACCUGGCGCCAAAGCCUUGUAGAAGAUGCUAAAUAUGGGAAAUCGUCCGAAUUUCGUGUUUACAACAUAGCUUCUGCGAGAAUGGCAAGGGAAGUCGAAAAAUAAACCAUAAUUGAAUACUAAACUUGUUUGUGCAACAAGACAACCAUGUAUAGCCAAUCUACUAGCCACAACCAGCCUGCGGAGGUUUUCCGCAAGGAUUUAAUUAGUGCCAUGAAACUCCCGGAUUCGGCUCAUCUGGAUCAUAAUGACUAUUUUCUGAUGGCCGACACGUGGAAACCGGAGUGGGAGAAAGGUGUGCAAGUGCCUGUUAAUCCGAACCGUGUACCUUUUGCGAAUGUGGAGGAAGUUCGGCCUAAAACACCUGGCGUGUACAAGAUACCUCGCAAACUUGUUAAGCUGCCCCCGAAGGGCAAUGAGGAUGAGGAUGACAAGGAUAUGAAAGGGUUCUGGCAGUCUCUCGAGGCCGUCUGCAAGUAUGAUCUGGAUGAGACCGACAGGGUCUGGCUGGAGAUUGCAAACCGUGAGAGAGAAGAGACGGGUUAUUCAGCGAUUGAUGAAUUAACCAUGGAGAAAAUCAUUGAGGAAUGCGAAACACAGUGCCAUAGCAACAUAGAACAUGCAAUACAAACUGAAGAAGGCCUUGGUAUAGAAUACGAUGAAGAUGUUAUUUGCGAUGUUUGUCGAGCUCCUGAUUGUGAGGAAGGCAAUGAGAUGGUUUUCUGUGACAAGUGCGAUGUUUGUGUUCACCAGGCUUGCUACGGAAUUAUCAACGUGCCAGAAGGAACAUGGAUGUGCCGCACCUGUGCCCUCGGCAUCCAACCGGCCUGCCUCCUGUGUGGCAAGAAAGGAGGGGUUAUGAAAAGCACCAGGAGUGGUACCAAGUGGUCUCAUGUCAGCUGUGCAUUAUGGGUACCAGAGGUUUCCAUUGGAUGUGUCGAUAGGAUGGAACCAGUUACAAAAAUUUCGCAAAUACCGGCCAGUAGGUGGGCUUUGGUGUGCAACUUGUGUCGUGUUAGGACUGGGGCUUGUAUACAGUGUUCUGUAAAAACUUGCAAGACUGCUUAUCACGUUACGUGUGGAUUUCAAAACAGCCUUGAAAUGAAAACCUUUCUUGAUGAGGACUCGGAGGUCAGAUUUAAGGCCAACUUUAACAAACCGCUGAUCUCAUUUCGCAAGGAAGAUGAGACGCCGAGUGAGAAUGAGGAGUACAAUUUGACGGCACGACUAAAGAUGUUUGUCCAUCUACGGCAAGAUCUUGAAAGGGUUAGAAAUUUGUGUUACAUGGUGCAAAAGCGUGAAAAGCUAAGCAAGCAAUACCUCAAACUGAAGCAUCAAAUAUUCAAGAAGCAAUGCGAAGUGUUCAAUGGCGAUACAAGUGAUUUGACUAAAGAAGAAAUGCACUUAUUUGUUAAUGCAGAUGAACUUAGUAGUAAAGAACGUGUUGACAAAAGACUAGACAAAUUGGAAAAGUGCUCUACCCCCCGUGGGCUUGAUGAUGACGACGGCGACACUUCUGACGUGAAUUCCACAAAAGCAGACCAUAAGCCUUUGCAAAAUCAUGAUACGGAUUCAGUUAGUCAGCGUGAUGAGGAAAGAUCAUUGGGUCAUUCUGAUGCUGACGUUAGUGACUUGGAAAGCGAGGAAGAAAAACAAUGCUCAAUAGAAAAAUUUGGUACUAAUAGUGAUUCAGACUUUGAAAAUACAAAACGCGAAGUCUGUCGGUCACACACUGGUGUAAUAAACCGUAAAAAGCGUAUGAAACGGACUUUAAACGGACAGUUUACAAAAAAUUCAAACAAGAAUGUUGAUCAAGAUGAACAGAACUCUGACAAUGUUUCUAGCAAAGAUGUGAAAAAUUGUAUCACAUCCACAGUUGAGUUGAACUGCACAAAUGGAGUUGACGUAUCAUCUCGCCUCAAGAGUACUGAGGCAUUACGUGAAAUUGAUGCAAAAGAAAAUAACGAAAACAUUUGUACUGGAAGAAAAUCAUCUAGCAGUCGAAAAGAGGUUAAAGUUGAAAAAGAAAAUGAUGAAUCUUUAUCUGAAACUGAAUUUUUGCGACGGACAAAACACACAGAUAAUGACACGUCCUUUGGCCAAUCAGAACAGUUGUAUAUUGAUAAUAACAGUGACAGCAAUCUUUCAUCAGAUCUGCGAAUAUUAAGUUUAGGAAAAAUAAGGCGAAACCAAAAUAAUCAGAAAUUACGGACCAAGGAAUGGAUUGAAGGGAAAAGUGAUGAUAGUUUUGAAGACAUAAAAUAUACAAGGGGGAGUAAUACUAAUAACGUGAACCACUGUGAGAGUGAUGAUAGUAUUGAAUGUGAUCGAAAGCCAAAGAGGAACCGCCGUAGGUCCCGACAAAUGUCAGAUAAUCAUAAAAUUGUGAAAAACAAAUCUUUUACUAUGGACAACGAGAGUGAUGAUAGUUGUGCCGAGAAAAAGAGACCACCUCGUAAACAGAUGCAAUUGGAAAAAAGUACUGUAGAAAAAGAUGAUAGUUUAAAAAAGAAUUGUAGUAUUUCAAAACCUGUUGAAUCAAAAUGUGCUAAGAACAACAGUAUUAGAAUGCCUGUAAGAACUAAGGCAGAGAAGAAGUUUAUUCCCCAAAGGGUGGUAAACAACAUCAACAAGAGACUUAAGAAAACAACUGAAGUUGUACACUCUUCCAAACUUCGGUUAGAUGUUGGGAAACAUGAAAAUAUAGAUAAUGAUAUAGAUAGUGACGAAUAUGUUGCUCGUCCAACAAGACGAAAAAACAGUAGUGCAAGACUUGACUCCUCUUCAAAAGACUCGUACUCAAAAGAAGAGUCUCCAAUGACGAUAACUUCAAACCCAAUUUCGAAUGUUGGGAAACGUGAAAAUAUAGAUAAUGAUAUAGAUAGUGACGAAUAUGUUGCUCGUCCAACAAGACGAAAAAACAGUAGUGCAAGACUUGACUCCUCUUCAAAAGACUCGUCUUCAAAAGAAGAGGCUCCAAUGCCAAUAUCUUCAAAUCCUAUAUCGAAUGUUGGGAAACGUGAAAAUAUAGAUAAUGAUAUAGAUAGUGACGAAUAUGUUGCUCGUCCAACGAGACGAAAAAAGAGUAGUGCAAGACUUGACUCCUCUUCAAAAGACUCGUCCUCAAAAGAAGAGGCUCCGAUGCCAAUAACUUCAAACCCUAUAUCGAAUGUUGGGAAACGUGAAAAUAUAGAUAAUGAUAUAGAUAGUGACGAAUAUGUUGCUCGUCUAACAAGACGAAAAAACAGUAGUGCAAGACUUGACUCCUCUUCAAAAGACUCGUCCUCAAAAGAAGAGGCUCCGAUGCCAAUAACUUCAAACCCUAUAUCGAAUGUUGGGAAACGUGAAAAUACAUAUAAGGAAGUAGAUAGUGAUGAAUAUGUUGCUCGUCCAACAAGAAGGAAGUGUAGUGCAAGACUUGACUCGUCUUCAAAAGACUCGUCUUUAAAAGAAGAAUCUCUGAUCCAAAUUGAUGAUAAAGAUAAACAUACAGAGGCAGAAUUAAUAUAUAAGGACAGUAUUAAAUAUCUUACUGUGAAUUUGUGCAAACAUGAUACAAAGCUGAACAUUGAUGAGGAAGUUAAUAAGAAAAUUAAGGAUAAUGUUGAUUUGUUUCAGAAUACAGCAAAAAAAGCGAAAGAAAAAGUAAUAGACAGUGGCAAAAAUGAUUCUUGUAGCAUUGAUGUUAAAGUUAACCAUGUAGACCACGAGGUACAGGUGCAGCCUCGCAUUUCAAGAACUCGCAAAGCAUUACCCCUGAAGCCAAAGAGGCGACUCAUGUCUGCUAAAUCAAAUGCAAAUUUUCCCGCCUCAGAAACUGAAAUGCCACGUUUGCUGCGCCGAUCCAAAAGAACAGUUGGGACCAAAACAGACUUGGAAUCGCCAGUUAAAGUUGAUCAUUUAGCUAUUGAGGUUAUUCAGACAGUUCCAGAUCAACCUCCAAUUUGUAAAACAGUUUCAGAGAAAUCUCCAGUUCAUGAAACAGUUCCAAAAAAAGCUCCAGUACAUGAAACAGUUUCAGAGGAACCUCCGAACCAUGAAACGUUUCCAGAGGAACCUUCAAAACAUGAAAUGGUUCCAGUGGAACAUCCACAACAUGAAAUGGUUCCUGAGGAGUCUCCAGUCCUUGAGCGACAAAUCCACAAUACGGUUUCAAAGGAACCUCUGAUCCAUGAAUUGUUACAAGAGGAACCCAUAUUUGAUGAACCUACAGUCAGUGAAACUCCAGUCGAUGAACACCCAGUUCUUGAACCUCCAAUCCUGGAACCAAUUACAACUCCAACAGAUAGAACUCCAACAGAUAAUUUUGAAAGUUCACAAGAAAAUAUUGUUCAUCUGCCAAACUCUGCUUCUGACACAACAAUUAAUGAAUUAUCAUGUGGGUAUGUAGCAUCACCACAGCAAAGUGUCCACCUUGAACUGGAAGAAGAGAGCUCAUCCAGUGAGAGUCACUUUGGAAUCAGAAAAACAAUCACUGACUUUCUUGCCCAUGAAGAUUCAUCUUCAGCUGAAAACAAUGUAAAAAUAAAUUCAGUUCCACGAGCAACUAAGCGUUUACGUCGUUCAGUUCGCAAUGCAGUUACUAAGCAGUCACCACCAAAAGAGCACAGAUCAUCAACAGAAAGUGAGGAUGACACAAGGGUUGUAAAAACAGAAAUUAUUACACCUCCUGCAUUGGUUAGAUCUGAACAAAUAAAGAAUGAAAUUGUGAAAGAAGAGAAGGAGCAACCAGCAAUUGCACUGUCUCCCACAAAAGAAGAAAAUACAUCAUCAUCAGACAGUGAGGAGGAUCGUCAUUCUCACUUAAGCUCUCGACUGUCGGGAAGAGAGUCUGAUAGUGGCAGCCAGUCAUCCUCCUCUUCUUCAUCCUCAUCUCGGAACAGCAACUCCAGUCAGAACAGGAACUCAUCUUCAUCCAGUUCUGAUUCUUCAGAAAGCUUUCACACCUGUGACAGUGGUAGUGGUAGUGAAACCUCUAGGUCACAGGUUAAUUCAGAUAAGGAAGAACCAAAACAAAAAUCUGCUGAAAGAAAAGUACUAAGACGAAGCACUAGAGUUCAGACACAACAGCAAACAAAGACUAAUAACACAUUAACAACCAAUGCCAAUGACGAUCCAUAUCAUGAGGAUCACAUUGAUGCCGAAUUGGAAGAAACAACCUCACCUAUACUUGAGAAAACCCUCGGGAAGCGAUUACCAGAAGGGAUAAAACGAAAAGAACCACAAAACUUGAAUCAAACUGGACUUGCCAAAAAGCCACGGAGGAACGGAUACAUUCAUAAUAAUAGCCAGAAAAUUGACUCCUACUUCAAACCCAUCCCACAAUCAGCUGAAAAUGAAAAAAAUCAACGAAUACCAAACCUUAUCAUACGAGUGGCUGAGUGCAUCCAGAAGUCCCCGACAAAACUUAAAAUACGUGUCCCAUCAUCACCGCUUAAUUCAUAUGACAGUUUACACCGAGAGGAAGACUGCUAUCCAAAGAAACGGAUAAAAACAAAUCACGUAAACAAUGAUCUCAACAACCAUCGAAUGAAAGACAACUCAAAUGUUGCAUCUAUAGUCAGCUCACCAGAAACAAGAGGAGCUAGAAGACGUAUCAACCUAGAGAUAAAUUCAACAAGUAAAUCUCUUGACCGCGAGUUUGAAAACGUUGACAAUGAGAUAAGUAUUUGUCGAUCAAGUCGUGAACCGAGUCCUGGGUCAGAGUCGCCACAAAAGCCAGUACUAAAAGCUGAAAGAAUUGUUCUGCGAAGAACAACUGGUGGCAACUAUCAAGUUUCUCAAGGAAGCCUGAGGUGACAAAGACAUUUUGGAAAUGACAGCUAACAGGAACUAAAACUCACCCUCGCCCUCAACAUUGAUUUCACCAGUAAUUUUGUAAAUCAUCUCUGUCCUAGUCUCGAUUUUUAGAAGACACAAUUUCGUUCCAAAGCAGGUCACAGAUAAAAUUUAACUCAAUGUUUUGACAAAUAAAACCGAUUGGACAAAUACUGUACAGUAGUAUUUACAUUUCUCCUUAGCUCCCUAAGUAAUUAUUUUAAAAUCUCAGGGUGUGCUUUCUCAGGCUUUGUUGGUGCAGUAUUUCAAUGCCGAGAUGAAAAUUUCAGUUUCUAGGUACCAAACUGAAGAACACAAAUUUAUUUUCUUAAUUCAUCAUUCCCUGAAUGUUGAAAAUGUUUUUGUUUUGAGGUUAUAAUUAAUUAAUAAAUUUAAUUAUAAAUUUUGUAAAAUAUAUCAAUAUUUGAUUAUGAAAAGAAUUUUUUCUGCAUUUUGUGCACAUAAAUUUUCCUGUACUGUUAACAUGUUAGCAUCAGUUGUUCUCUUCACAUUAGCUGAGUUUAAUGAUACUGGUGUGUGUACAUUACAGUAUACGAAUUGCUCUAAUUAAUGGACAAUUAAUGUUUGGAUUGAAAUUUUGUUCAGUAAAAUUUGUAUGAUUUUUGUUUCUUUAGUCUAUUUAUAUUUGCGCUAAGGAGUCAUCAGUUGUUACUGCCCAGUAUUUACCCGACAGGCUGAUAUGGAAUUUGAAUUAUAGAAAGAAAUAUUUGUUGUAAUUGUUGAAUUUACUAUGUUACAGUGUUAUUUUUGUCAGUUAUUGGAAAGAUUUGAGAAUUGGUUUAAAUAUGCUAUUGAUUUUGGCAGGUUUUGAUUUAUUCAUUUUUUUAUUAAUUAAUUUUUAAACACCAAGAACAGAGAGCAAACCCCUCCAUAAUUGAGUACUUCA